GGAGCCGCGCCGUGAUUGGCGGCCUCCGAGCAACCGCGACGACGCCAUGGUCAACAGGUCGCGCUCGGGUCACAGAGAUAUCGAAUCGCUGGAAUCUUUUCGCGCCAAGCGUGACCCUUCGCCCGCGGGAAUCGCUUCGCUGCUUUAGCAACCAACAGGAUGCGUACCUCGCCCGUCCUCUCGGGCCCCACGGCCCCUAGAGGAUGGGACGGUGGCCGCUGAACAGGAACCGCCUUGCCUUUCAUCUGACAGGAGGUCCCUGUGACUUGGAUCCUCAUUCAGAGAUGGAGAUACCAGGUUCAUCUUCUACCAUCUCUGAGCAGCAGCAGCGGGAGAGGCGAGAGGGUCUGAGCGACACCAGAAAAGACCUGGCCAAGCAGAGUCUCAUCUCAUCCGAGGAAUGGCUUCAACUGCACGGGCUUAAGAGCAACAAAUUGACCUUGAAACAGGUUUUGUCGCAGAUUGGAUUCCCACAUUGUGAAGAAUAUGUGACUUCUCUGGGGAGACCUGUGGCUUCCCGGUACGCCGAUGGCUUGUUUCCUCGGACCUGCAGAACAGAAGAUGGAAGGGUAUAUAAUUUGACAGCCAAAUCAGAACUACUCCAUCAGUUUGUGGAACAUUUAACACAAGCUGUGGAGAGGUACAAGCAGCGGAUGGACUGGCUCACCAGCGAAAGCCGGCAGAUUUUUGGUGUCAUCUUGGAACAGUGCAUCGCCAUAGUGCUGGAUUUUGGCAACAUGCUGGAGGAGGAACUUAAUCUGUGCCGAGAUGCUCUAAUCAUGGUCCUCCAGGAGCAGGUGGCUCACAUAGCCAAGUUCAAUAUCAUAUGGGUUUCUCAAGAGCCUGUGAAAUGGCAGGAAAAUGCUGUUCCUGUGACGGAACAAUCCCUAGCUGCUGCCAUCAGCUGGAUUGAGAAGCUGCCUUUUGCUCUGGCCGUGAGCCAGACUAGCCACCUGGACGCUUUGCUCGAGGCUGGGAAAGACGAAAGCAUUGAAUCCAUUUACUACUUUGUGGUGGGGGACAUUCCAGAGGAAUCCAAGGAGCUUCUCCUUCAGAGGGCUUUGGAGACUCCACAUCCUGUCUGCACAGUGUCCUUCAAUGCCAGAGGAGAGGGCACAAUAGCUUUCUUAAAGGACCUGAGUGCCAAGACCCGCAGCAGAUUCCACGCAUUUGCAGAGAGAACAGAGUGUGUAGAAUUUCCUGCAUCCCCCGCUAAGGAUGGUGACAGUGCAAUUACUUGGAAUUCAAGAAAACUGAAAGGAAAACUCCCUCCUGGAGCUGGGGUCAGAGAGGAUGUGUUUCUCAUCUGGAGGGAGAUGGAGGAGGCCAGUAGCACGCUGGCCCAGAUCCAGAGGCUGGUGGCUGAGCCUCCCAAGACCGACAUGGCCACAGCAGACCGUGGAGCAACCUCUGUUGAAAAUGAGUCAAAUCCAGAGGACACCUGGGACUCUGAGAAGUGGCUACAGAAAUAUGGUUUGAAAGCCCAGAAGCUGUCAUUUUAUGAUGUCAUCGCUGACUGCGCCUUCCGCCAUGCUGAUGGAGUUGUUGAUAUAAAAGCCAAACCAGAGGACGAGUCCCUGCAGACCAGUGCGGAGACCAACAAGAAGACAGUCCAUGCGAAAUACUGCAGCAGAUUUGUCCACGCUCCCUGGAAGGAUGGGAGCUUGGUCCACGUCUGCAUUACCAAGGAGAAGUGCAUGUGGUACAGUGAGAGAAUUCACGUGGUCCUGGCCCGGAUCCAGAGGAGAAUUAAGUGGCUACAGGAUGGCAGUCAACUCCUCUUUGGAAAAGUGCGUAGUGAUUGUGUCUACAUCCUCAUCGACACGUCUCACUCCAUGAAGGCAAAACUGGAGCUGGUGAAGGACAAGAUCAUCCAGCUCAUCCAGGAACAGCUGAAAUAUAAAAGGAAAUUUAAUUUUGUGCAGUUUGAUGCUCAAGCCAUUGCUUGGCGGGAAAAACUUGUUGAAAUCAAUGAGGAUACUUUGAAAGGGGCCCAGGCCUGGGUUAGAGACAUGAAGAUUGGAAGUUCCACAAACACCCUGAAUGCCCUGCAGAUUGCUUUUGCUGAUAAAGAAACACAAGUAAUCUACCUUUUGACAGAUGGGAGACCUGAUCAGCCACCUGAAAUGGUUUUAGAUCAAGUCAAAGUUUUUCAGAAAAUUCCAAUUUAUACCAUCUCCUUCUGUUACAAUGAUGAGAUUGCAAAUGGGUUUUUGAAAGAGCUUGCAUCUUUGACUGGAGGAGAGUUCCAUUCUUAUCAUUUUGGCUGCAAGGAUCCCUGUCCACCAGAGGCUGUUCAGAAUGAAGACCUGACUCUUUUAAUUAAGGAAAUGGAGCAGGGAUGUAGUGACCUGGAGAAGGUACAAGACCUUUACUCAGAGUCCUUGGUCAUGGACUGGUGGUACAACGGCGAAAAGGAUGGAGACAGGCAUCAAAAAGAAAUCUUUUCUAUGGCUUCAACCCCAGAAAAAUGUGCAAAACCUCAUUCUGAUGUCGAAUCAACACGAAUGUCAUCCCCAAAUAUGUCGAAAGUAAUAGAGGACCUUUCAAGUCAAAAGAUUCAGAAAAAGAAAGUUCUCCAUGCAGAACCAACCAAAACCAGCCUGCUCAGAAGUCAGAUGUCUGCCCUUAGGAGCUCAGCUUGCAGUGGGAGGAAGGAUGGCCCAUCUGAUGCCGGCAGGAACAUGCCAAGUGACAAAGAAAUGGGCCUCCUGCUGACAGAUGAGUUUCCCGAUGACAAGACAUUAGAGAGAUUGACCCGAGAAGGAAGCCAAGUUUCUGACCAAGAUUCUUCAGAGAUGUCUUCAGCAGACUGGCUCAAGACCCAUGGCUUGGCUGCCAAGAAGCUCACCAUCAUGGAUGCUUUGUCAGUGACAGCGGUCCCUCACAACCCCACCUACGUCCCCAUCCUCGACAAGCAUGUCGUUUCCAAGGUCUUUGAUGAGGUCUUUCCUCUGGCACAUGUGUGCAAUGACACAAAUAAGAUGACUUUAAUUAACCCCCAAGGAGUGAAGCUGGAUAUCUACAAGCAAAAAGUGGAGCAGGCAAUUAAGUCCUAUGAAAAGCGCUUGAAUAAAAUUGUUUGGAGAGCAUUAUCUCAAGAAGAAAAAGAAAAGUUAGAUGCAAACAAACCAAUGCGGUACUUGGAAAACAAGGCAACUUUAAACGAGGCGUUAGAACGGUUGAAUUGGCCCAUUUCAUUGAAGGAGCUGUCAGUGCUAGAGAAUGAAAUCCUAGCCGGGAAAAUGUAUGUGCAGCAGGCCAUGGAGCUCCAGGAGGCUGCCAAGAAGGAGAAUCACCAACAGAAAAGUCAAGGAACUCCAACAAAGAAAAUCAAAUCCAAAAAACUGGAUCCACUCAAAGGCCAGAAGGUGAUUGCAAGAUGUGAUGAAAAUGGCUUUUAUUUUCCAGGAGUUGUGAAGAAGUGUGUGAGCCCCACCCAUGCGCUCGUGGGCUUUCGGUAUGGAGACACCAAGGUCGUGCCCAUCUCAUUCAUCACACCUGUAGGGGGCGCCAUGCCCUGCCCGCUGCUCCAGGUUGGAGAUUACGUGUUUGCCAAAAUUGUGGUACCCAAAGGAUUUGACUUUUAUGUCCCCUCCAUUGUCAUAGCCCUUCCAAACCAGGAUGCAGCUGAAGAUAAAUUCUACACAGUUUUAAAGUGUAACAACCGGAGAGAAUUUUGCCCUCGGAGUGCACUUAUCAAGAUCAGCCAAAACAAAUAUGCUCUCUCUUGCUCUCAUAUAAAAUCACCUCCAAUUCUGGAAGAUUCAAAAGUGGAAGACAUGGACAUGAGAAACUCUACUUUACCAGUAUGGCCAAUCCAAGAAGCUGACACUGGGGAUUCACAAGCACUAAAACAGGAGAACUCUAGAAGGAAGAAAAAGAAAGCUGCCAAGAGGCUGCCUCUCCAGGAGAUGGCAUCCUCGGACUCAGACGACUCUUCCCGUGGCAACAGGUCCCGAGAGUCCUGCCCCAAGAGACACGGCAAGCCCAAGGUGGGAGGGGGACGACAUCGUUUUCUCCGGAACACCCUGAGACCUCUCCCAGGGAUAGUGCACAUGCGGUCACUGCCCAGGUUCUGGGCCAGUUUAGGCCACACCACAGCAAAAACUCUAACACCCUUAAGUAACGCUGACAUCCACUUCCCAGAGAAGGUCCUCGGCCCUGGGGUCUAGGAGUCAACCAGCUACACCAUCGCUGCCACGCCUCCACCUGGAGCAGUCCCACCCUGCCCUUGUAAAGCAGCAAAGGGCUGAGGAGCAUCGCUGGGAAAGCUUAAAGCAGCUGGUGGCAACCAUGUAGGAGAGAGCCAGUGUCCCUCCAGGGCUGCCUCAGCCACCGGACACUGUGGGACUAGCCCCCCUGCUGAGUCUGUUGUAGGUCCCUCUAAUCGAGCGUGGAAGCAGAAUAAAAGCUCUUACACUGGGAAC